UAAAUGUUGAGUUUGUAUAGAAAUCAAUUAAAAGGUGUAUAAAAAAAGGUGCUUCUAAUAGGAAGUGGUUUGAUGGCCGAAGCUGUCAUUGAUUAAUUAUUGAAGAGAAAUGACGUACUAUUUAGAUACAUUUUUAGAAUUUUGUCGUUGUUGCUUCUGCUCAUGUAGAGGAUGCUAGAAAAGUUAUUCAGAAUAAAUAGAGAUGUUCAGCUCAUCAUUUAGAUGUGACAGAGACAGAAGAACUCAGAAAGUUUGUUUAGAAUAGUGAUAUAGUGAUAGCUUAUAUUCCACCACAAUUUAUAGUAGGAAUAGCAAAGAUAUGUGCAGAAGUAGGAAGAUCUAUGAUAACAUCUUAAUAUACAUUUCCUGAAAUAAGAGCUUUAGAAUAAGAAUGUAAAAAAAAAGGGAUUAUAAUCUUGAAUGAAAUUGGACUAGAUCCAGGAAUUGAUCAUUUGGCAACUGUGAAAGUGAAAGAUGAAGUAUAUGCCAAAGGAGGAAAGUAAGAAAUUAUUAUAAACAAAGAAUCAUUGAAUAUGAAUCUUGGUGUGGAGGAGUACCAAGUCCAGAGUUUUGUGAUAAUCCAUUUGGUUAUAAAUUUUCUUGGAGUCCUUUUGCAGCCAUAAGGAAUAUUAAUAAUGAUGCUAAAUACUUAGAAAACGGAGUUUAAAAGUAUAUACCAGCAUCAGAGUUAUUGUAUUCAACAGAGAUUAUUCAUGUUAACCCAUCUUUAUAAAUGGAAGGAUAUCCAAAUAGGGAUAGUUUGCCAUAUUAAGAAUUAUAUGGAUUAAAGGAUUGUUAGAAAUUGGUUAGAGGAACAUUAAGGUAUUAAGGACAUUGUGUAUUGAUGGCAGCAAUGAAAGCUUUAGGGUUUGCAUCAGAAGAUUUAAUAAAGGUAGAUAGAGAGAUGAGUUGGUUUGAAUAUUUAUUGAGCAAUGUAAGAUUUGAAUCUUGCUCAAGUAAAUAUUUGGGAAAUCAUCACAUUACUUAAUUAGCAAAUACGAUAGAUUAGAAGGUGUUUACAUUAGCUUAACUGGAAACAUUAUUGACUAAAGUAUUUAAUAGGGUUUUUUCUUAAUAUUAUUAUAAAGAUAAAAGUGAAGAAUAAUAAUAUAAAGAUGCUGAAUAAAUAGUAUAGACUUUAAAGUGGAUGGGAGUAUUUGAUCCUAAAAACUUAAUAUUAAAUAAUGUAGCUCAUGUUCAUAACUUUGCUGCUCAUCUUUAAACUCUAAUGAAUUAUAAAUAAGGUGAAACUGAUUUGGUUGCGAUGCAACAUAUAUUCAAAAUAGUUUAUCCAAAUGAUCCUAGAGUGUAUGUAAAAAAAUCAACAAUGGUAAAGAUUGGACAUAGAAAUGGAAAGUAAUUAUAUCUAAAACAAAGUUUAGAUCUGCCAUGGCUAUUACUGUGGGUGUACCAACUGCUGUAGCUACUUAACUCAUUUUAGAUGGAGUUAUCAAAGUCACUGGUGUUCAUAUGCCUAAUAUUUCUGAGAUCAAUACUCCCUUGUAUGAAGAACUCAAAAAAGAAGGCAUCUAUUGUGAAGAAGAAGAUUAUUGACCUAGCAG